AGAAAAGCUAAAUGACUUAUAAUUUAGGAUGGAGGGAGUAGCUUUGAAAGAACGAGAGCCUUAAGCCUACAAUAUGAGUUCAGGACUUCAGGUCUUCAGAAAAAGCUGCAGUUUAUUGAUCAUAUCCAAAUGAAAAGAAUGUGAUCUUGUAUUUGUAGAGCUUGAGCGAAAGGGGGUCUCCAGUUGAAUUGGUUAGAUGGCCUCAGUAGCACUCCUCAGGUCCUAGAUUCGACUUCUCGUGGGAGCAAAUUUCAGGCUAGGUUUAAAAAUUAAAAAAAAAUCCCCUGCGUGAGAAAAAUUUUUUCUUUGAAAAAAAUCCGGGAGCUGUUUUACCCCUCUCGGGUCGAGUUUUUAUUUGUAGAGCUUCAGGCGGGGGAUAUGCUAAAGUUAUAACCACAUUAAGGCCUGUUUGUUUCCACUAUUGGAGGAUCCAGCUUUUAAGUUCCAGCUUGUGAUCCAAAGUCCAAACAUACUAAUUAAGUAAUUAUGGUCCAGCUUUUACAAUCUACCAUGUUACCAACCCUAGAUUGUUCAAUCACACAAGCUACCUCAUCGUAGCUUUUACUAGCUUGUGAGGCAACAACCUGGGCUGGAUUCAAAACAGGCCCAAAAUUAGGCUUUAGAAAUAUAUGGGUGCAUAAAGAUACAGAAUCUCACCUGAAAAGGAGCUCAGAGUUUAUUAGGAUACACCAUUGAGCGGUUGAGCCUAUGUUAGGAGAUGUGAAGGUUCCUCUGGUUCCACUGCAACUUUCCCUAUUAAAAAUAAGGGCUCUUGUUUUCAGUUGCUUGAAAACCAAGCUUUUCCGUCAACGGAGCACCCUCUCUUCCAAAUAAACAUGGGUUAGAAUUACGGUGGAAAAAAUGAACUACUCUUCCCGCCAAUCCCUCCUAAUACCUAUGGAGUGGGGAGAAUUACGAAAUAUCCAAAUAAAGACCUCCCAACGACUUCUGCGACCGGCUUGCCUCCGUGGGUUUCACCUCGAACCUCAUCACGUACCUCACCCUUCAGAUGCACCUGCCGCUCGUCCACGCCUCCAACAUCAUCACCAACUACAACGGCACGGCGAACCUCACCCCGCUCGUCGGCGGCCUCAUCGCCGACUCCUUCGCCGGCCGCUUCUGGACCAUCACGUUCGGCUCCUUCGUCUACCAGCUCGGCAUGGUCUGCCUCACCCUCUCCGCCGCGCUCCCCUCGCUGCAUCCGCCGCCCUGCGCCAAGCACGCCGCCGACUGCCAGCGCGCGUCCUCCUACCAGAUCGCCGUGCUCUACCUGUCGCUGCUCUGCACGUCCAUCGGCACCGGGGGCACGCGCCCCUGCACCGUGGCGUUCGGCGCCGACCAGCUCGAGCUGAACGCGCAAGGGCGCCGGGGCGCCAGGCCCAUGUGGAGCUUCUUCAACCUCUACUUCUUCACCGUCGAGCUCGCCAAGCUCACGGCCGUGACCGCCGUGGUGUACGUCCAGGAGAACGUCGGGUGGGGUUGGGGGCUCGGCGUGCCCACCAUCGCCAUGCUCGCCGCCGUGAUUGCCUUCGUGUCCGGGUACUCGCUCUACGUCAGGAUGCCGCCGGCGGGUAGCCCCAUGGUCCGUCUGGCGCAGGUCGCCACCGCCGCGUUCAAGAAGCGGAAAGCCACCGUGCCGGACCCGAGCCUCCUGUACGAGGACAAGGAGCUCGAUGCCGGCAUCUCCACCACCGGCCGCCUUCUUCACACCGACCAGCUAAAGUUCUUCGACAAGGCGGCUAUAGUGACGGACGGCGACGUGCUGCCGUCCGGCGAGCCGAAGCUGUGGCGGCUCUCGACGGUGCACCGUGUCGAGGAGCUCAAGUCGAUCAUCCGCAUCCUGCCGAUCUGCGCCGCCGGCAUCAUCCUGGUGACAUCGUCGUCGCACAACCACAGCUUCGCCAUUCAGCAGGCGCGCACCAUGGACCGCGACCUCACGCCGCACUUCAAGAUCCCGCCAGCGUCCAUGCUCAUCUUCACCAACCUCGCCAUGCUGCUGACACUGGCCUUCUACGACCGCGUGCUCGUCCGAGUGCUCCGCCGCUUCACCGGCCGCCCCAACGGCAUCACCCACCUCCAGCGAACGGGCGUCGGCUUGACCAUCGCCAUGCUGUCGAACGCGGUGGCCGCCGUCGUCGAGCGACAGCGCAGGUCCGUGGCUGCCGCAAGCGGGCUGCUCGACGAUCCCAAGGCCACCCUGCCGAUGAGCGUCUUCUGGCUGGUGCCGCAGUUCACCAUCCACGGCAUCGCCAACGCCUUCAUGGACGUCGGUCGGAUGGAGUUCCUGUACGACCAGGCGCCGGAGAGCAUGAGGAGCACGGCGGCGGCGCUCUACUGGCUGACCUUCUCGAUCGGGAGCUACCUCGGCACGCUGCUGGUGACCAUCGUGCACGCCAAGACGCGGCGGAGCGGGCAGUGGCUCCCGGACAACCUCAACCGAGGUAAGCUGGACAACUACUACUGGCUCGUCGUCUCUCUGGAGGUGGUCAACCUCGUCUACUUCUUCGUCUGCGUCAAGUACUACACCUUUAAGCCGUUGGAGACGGUCGGAGGAGAGGAGGAGGUCGAGCUCUACCAUGGCAGUGGCAAUGGCACCGAUGGCGCCAAGAAGCAGGGUGGAAGCUUCAAGUAGCUUGGUGGUUGCUUCGACCAUGAUCCCCAACUAGAAGACUUGUGCUGGGAUGAAAUAAUGGUAUUUAGAUAACCUUUUUGUCAUAUUACCAUAAUCUUACCGAUUCUAAGAACUUUACCAGUAGCACACUGUGUAAGGUAAUUGUUCGAGAAAUGCAGGAGUAUCUGUUUAUUCCCAGAUUUCUACGCUUGAUUUUGAUCUGUAACAUUAUACAUCACUAAUACAAGAGCAUGGAGAGUAAAGACCA